AUGAAAUUUGUAUAUCUGCUUGCUGGUUGGGAUGGAUCCGCAUCUGAUGCUUGUGUACUACAAAAUGCACUCACCCGUCGCCCUGACUGUUUUCUUAUUCUACAUGGAAAAUAUUAUGUUGUUGACGCUGGGUAUGCACAUUCGCCUGGAUUUAUGGCACCUUAUCAAGGUGUGCGAUAUCACUUAAACGAGUUUCGUACUGGAAGAAAGCCUGCCAAUAACAAGGAACUUUUCAAUUAUCGUCAUGCGCAGUUGCGAAAUGUCAUAGAGCGUUCAUUUGGCCUGUUAAAAAACCGCUCUCCUAUUCUACGUACUCCUCCUCAGUUCAAGUUUAUAACACAAGUCAAAAUUGUUAUAGCUUACUGUGUCCUUCAUAAUUUCAUUCGUGUUAGUGGUGAUGAUGGACUGGCUGAAGUACUUGAGGACAGUGGGGACAAUACAGAGGAUGUUGCGUCAUCCCCUAUAGAUGUAACCUCUGUAGAUGAAGGGGUAGCGUUAGCUCGAGUGACGGAUCACGCACGUGAUGAGUGGUCAAGGAAGAUAGACGAGAUUGCUGAGAGAAUGUUUCAUGAAUUUUCUAAGGAACACUGUCAAGGACCUGAGAAAGAAAGAUGUGUUGUCAUCACCUUCAAAGAAGGGUAUUCCUUCAAACCAGUGCCCAAGUUCACCGACUGA